CCCUGGGUUAUUGGCGUUCGCAGGGCAUUGUGGGCAUUGCAGUCCGCAGCCGUCGGGAUCCAGCGCACAGCAGCGGCGUCGGCUCUAGCGGCAACAUGAAGAGGAUAAACAGCAGCCUUUCCAGUGAUGACCUUAUUCUGGAGGACUUGGAAACAGAAGGAGAGAGGCAGCUGAGGAGCCUCCUUCACCAUCAGCUUGAUACUUCUGUUUCUGUUGAGGAGUGUGUUUCCAAGAAGCAGUGCUUUGCCCCUGCUGCAGUGUAUAAGCCCUUUGGGGAGGAGGCAGCUGGGGCUUUGAGCUUGUCCCAGUUUCAAGCGCUACAGAAGAGUGAUCAGGAAAUCGCAUCUCUGAGGGACUUGGGGCUUAACGAUAGAGAGAUUGUGCUGUGGAAGAACCGAGCUUCAUCCGAGAGGGGUACAGGGCUGGGAGCAGCCCCUGAAGCAACACAGGAGCGUCUUCGAGAUAUUGAAGAGAAGAUCUCAGAGCAUAAGCGCAUUCUGGCCUUGCCACAGAGGUUUGCGGGGAGUAAACAACUGAGCCGGCGAGAGAUGGAAAUAGAAAAGGCUUUGUUUCAGGGGAAUGAUCGCCAUUCCUUCCUGAGGGCUCUCUAUUACCAAGGUGAAUCCCAUAAAAGACUAGAGGCUGAGAAGGACCCCAUUAAUAAUCUGGAGACUGUUUACCAAGAAAUGCUGGCCAAACCACACCCUGAAGAGGCUCAGCUUAUGAGAGGUGAACCCUUUGCUUCCCCCUCACUGGACCCAGAUGCAUUAGUGGACACUAGUGUCACAGCUAAGAACCUGUCAGUACUUCAGGAUCAGGGAAACCAGGCAGCACAGGCUGAGGGGCCUAGCCUUCAUGUGGUGAAAGCUAUUGAAUCUGAGUCCCAGCAAUGUCUUAUGGGGCCCAAGAAGGUGACAGAACUAGUGGAGUUUGUCCCAGAAGAUGAGAUCCUGAGAAAUCGUCUGUCAGAGGAGGACAUCCGCAAAAUUCCUAUGUUUGCUUCAUACAGUCCUGGAGAGCCGAACAAGGUACUGUAUUUGAAGAACCUCAGUCCUCGGGUGACUGAGAAGGAACUUGUCUCCUUGUUUGCCCGGUUCCAGGAGAAAAAAGGACCCCCGAUUCAAUUCCGAGUGUUGACUGGCCGCAUGAAGGGCCAGGCCUUCAUCACCUUCCCCAAUAUGGAGAUGGCCCAGCAGGCAUUGUUGCUGGUGAAUGGAUACAACCUACUGGGGAAAACACUGGUGAUAGAGUUUGGAAAGAACAAAACGCAGAUGUCAGGGCUUCAAUCAGCCUCUCCUAUCCCAUGUGCAACAGAUAGCAUGACAGAACGGGAUGGGAGCUAAAAGAGAAAUGGACCAGGCCCCUUACGUGUUCUCGCUUGUAUUUGCAACUCACUUCUAGGGUCUGUAUAUAAAGAACCAUCUCAUAGGAGAGAGUGAUUAGUAAGCACCUAAGACAGUCCUUUUCAAGUGUUCAUUAUGGGUAACUUUUGGAAACAUUUCCCUCAAUGAGAGACCAUAUGGGAUAGAGGAGAUACUGAGAAUAAAGAUUGCCUUCCCUCUCCCCCCUCCCUAGGGUAAGAUAGAAUUCUUAUCAAGUUGUCUCCGUUUGGUCUUCCUGUAUUUCCCGCUACCUUACAGAGGCUGACAAAACUUCCUAGCCCGUCUCCUAUUAACCACAAGGCAAGGACAUCAGUCUCACUACACCCAACCUCCUCUAAUCCUUCCCCCUUCCCCCCAACCAGUCAUCUAGGAUUGCAGGAGAGUAGCCAGCGUAUUUAAUUUGUAUAUCUUGUCUUCCCAGCUAAACCAUAUGCUCCUGGAGGGCAGGGGCCUUGUCUUCUGUUUCUUUGUCUUUCCCCUUUAGUGUCUAGCACAGUGCCCUGUACAUAGUAGAUGGGUAAUAAACAUUUGUGGGUGAUUGAAUUGAUUCCAUAAAACAUAAGAGGCCAUUAGAGCGACACCCUGGAAACCUUUUCCCUUUGCAGGCCUAUGCUUUUUGGGACCCUGUUCCCCAAAAGUUUCUUUCUCCUUCAGCUUUGCCCCGUGGCCUGGCUUCCUCUAUAAGUUUGCCAAGCCUGCUUGCAGGGAACUGACUGGAGGUACAGAUAGCUGGGGGCAGACUUUCAACUUCUUUGAUAUUCUGCUGGCCUAGACACAGCUCUGCCAGCUGCUGUCUGUCUGUCCUUCCAGACUAGAAUAACUCCUUAACAUAGGGCAGGCCUUCUUCCAGUCUGCAUUCAGACAGGUUGCCUCAUUUGUUCCCAGCAAACCUUUGCUUAUGAUACAUUCCACAUCAGGGCCCGGACUAGCAGUUCUGGUGUCCAUGGUCAGAUUGGAUCCCUUAGUCCCUUGGCCAGGCCAAGAUCAGCUCUCCUCAAAGCAAAAGCAGAUUCCAAACCAGCCCUUGGGGACUAAGGGAAGGGCAAGAGUAGUGUUGGUGACCAUGGCCAGUCCAGAGAGCUCUAGCAGAACAAGCAGCAGAUGGUCCUGCCCUGAGUCUUGCAGUUAGCUUAUUGUGGGACCUGUCUUUCCCUGAGAUAUCCCACUUGCUCUGUCCUCCCUCUAGAACACUUGUCCACCUAGGUGAACUAGCUAUUCUUCCAGGACCAAACAGUCCCCGGUGCCCCAACAUAUCCCGCUCCCCCCCAGACAACCCUAAUCCAAGGAUCUCUUCCUCUCUCAGUGUCCUGGGAACAGGUAAUCAGGAGCCAAAAUGCAAAGCCCCCUGGGGAAGGUGGGAAAAGGAAAUUUGUGGCCAAGAGAAUGUGGGAAACAAAGUUUUCACUGAUGAUGGGCACAGAUGAGACUCAUCAAACCAUGGCUGUAUGUGUACCAUAUUGUGAUGUACCAACGCAACUGUACUGUGGCAUGGGCAGAUACCUGUUUGUGUAUUAGGCUUGGUACAUUAUGUGAAUGUGUGUCCAUGAGUGUUUGUAUAUCUGUGGAGAGGUGUUAGGGGGUGUGUAUUUUGUUUCGUUCCCCAACUGGGAUGCAAGGGCCCCUGUUUGCUUUUCUCCUGGAAGCAUCUGUAAUUUAGCAGGUGCUGUUCCGUGUUCAGGGGGACCCUUCCUGGAGGGGUGCUUUCUCGUGUUUCCCCAUUUUUUCUGUUCAAAGAGCAGCCCUUAGCUAGUUACUCCUCUCUUCCCUCUUCCACUGUCUCAGCAAUGUCCUGUGUGUCACAGAUAUUAGAACAUAUUAGAGAAAUAGGGUUAUGUAGAGAAACAGUUUGCUUGAAACUCAGUUACAACACGGAUAUGGUUUAAAUGAUCACUAGCUAGGUCCAACAAUCAGAAGGACCCCAUCACAGCGAGCAAGAGACUGUUCUUACGUUUGUGUUGGGUUUCUGUUCUCUGACAGACUUAAGGAGAUGUGACUAGGCAGUGGUUCAUGUGAAAAAGAUCUUGGACGGGUGACCGAUGGUGACUUCAGAGGCCUGACACGGAAGCACACCUCCAACCUCUCUGCAGGGAGGUGGUGGCCUCCAGGUGUGGAAUGAGGCAUACACUUGCAGACGUGGCCAAUAUGUUGAUUUGUUUUUCUUGACUGUACUUAUUUGUUACAAGGGAAGGUUCCAUUGGGGGGGCGUGGGUGGGGGGAGUUAUUGAGAAGUGA